AUGGCCAAUUCACUACAAGCCCGAGCAGAGAAAACUGCGCAGCUCUACGAAGACCCGCAUAACCCGCACCUCUAUCUUGAACGAGCCUGCAUCCAUGAGCAACUUGGCUUCCCCGAUCUAGCCGCUGCUGACGCCUAUCGCGCACUCUCGUUGUUGGAGUCGGUUGUAGAUCCUGAUGGGUGCGAAUUCCAUGCCAAACGCAAGAUCGACACCGCUCUCGAAGACAUUGUUACUCGGGAUGAGGUCAAGAAGACCAGCGAGGGAAGCGGGGAGGAUGAAGGUGAAGAUGAAGAUGAAGAUGAAGAUGAAGAUGAAGAUUCGAGCACCGUCCUGGUGACACAGGAAGAAUACAAUAAUCUCAUUGGAGAGGUCUAUGCGGUUCUGGUUUGUAGUCUGGUGCGCUGUGGCUGCUACCGCGAUGCUUAUGAGUUCGGCGUGCGCGGCAUCGGACUGCUCGGUGAUCUGGACGCUGACAUGGUGAAUGUCUCCACCGCUUCCACCGUCUUGCAUGAUCAAAUGGAUCAUGUGAAGAAGGUCUUCCAAACUCGUGCCAGGACCAAUAAAGAUAUGGAGGUGGAUCUGGAUUCCAUUGACUCAGCCAUUCUCCCAGCGCAGGGCUUUGCUCGUCGCGUCCUCUAUCCCUGGAAUACACAUGAGCCGGACCGUUGCGCUCCCGAGGAAUUGGAGUUUCUCAACAAAAGGCUGGCAGACGUGGCACCCAAAUGUGAAGUUCGCGCUGUGGCGUUACCGGCACUUCAUGGUGCCUCUGCUGAAGACGACACUGAGGUCUCGGUGCAAUUAGGUCUAUUCGCCAAAGAAGACAUCGCCGUGGACGAGAUUAUUCUACGCGAGUCAUCGCUCCUGACUGCUACGAACCGUCUUCACGAUGAUCUGUGUGAUGCGUGCAAUGCGCCUCUACCUGACCUCGCGGCUGCCGAGCCUCCCGUCGCAUGUGAAGAAGGCUGCGCGGAUACCAUCUUUUGUAGCCAGGUGUGCCACGACACCGCACAAAGGGUAUAUCAUGGUGCAAUCUGUGGCCUGGAAGAUGGUCUGGAGUCUAUUGGGAAGGAUAUCCCUGACCCGAAGGAUAAAGCAGACUGCUUGUAUCUGCUUCUGCUUGGCCGUGCGCUCGCUAUGUCUGCGACACAGGACAUGCAUGCAUUGGAUCUCCCUGAAGUAAAAUAUAUCUGGGGUGAUUUCCACGAUUUGGAUAUCGAGCAUAUCGACCAAUCUGGGUCUGAAGAGGCGUCUCUUCCCUUCUCAUUCCAACUUAACAUUCUCCAGCCCAUGCGCUUCCUCGAGGAGAUGGAAAUAGAUCCCUAUGAGUCGCUCUCGCGUUAUGACACCUGGGUUCUCAAUACCCUGUAUGCCAAGUUCCGGGGCACUGCUUCUGGUCGGCUGUCGACGUGGGAUGGCGGUCCUGAGCUGUGUGCCGUGCAUCCACUCUGGUGUCUGGCAAACCACUCUUGUGAUCCCAAUGUGCAGUGGGAAUGGGGUGGAGAGAUCACUUUCCGAGCACGGAAUGACGAGGAAACUGCGGUCUGGACGAGAACUAAUGCUGAUGGGUGUGUGGAGAUGAAGGACGCCAAAGCCGGGGGCAUUGCGAAGGAUGCGGAGAUAUUGAAUCACUACUGUGACAUUGGGCUGCCGGUUGAAAAGCGAAGAGAGUGGGCGUCUGGUGCCUUGGGCGGAAAUUGUCGUUGUAACCGGUGUGUGUGGGAGGCGCAUGAGAUUUGA